AUGUCAAGUGGUGAGCAUGUCCUACUGACGGGUGCAAACGGAUUCCGUGAAUACGCGACAACGGCCAUCGUGCGGUCCCAGAACAAGGCGAACGAUAUCAUCAAAACCCACCCCUCGUGGAAGGGCAAGAUUAACUCUGCGAUCGUGUCGGAUUUCACCUCCCAGAGACCACUGAAUGCCCUAUUCGAAGAUGAUAUCCAGAAGGAUAUAAUCGAGCCUGCCGUGAUGGGGAGUGCCCACCACCACGGAGGAACAUCACCCAAACGCUUCGUCCUGCUAGGGAGUGCAGUUUCCGUCCUGAACUCCUUCGAGGAUAUGAGUCGCGAAGGACACCCUUAUACGGAAGAGGAUUGGAAUCCAGUCACUGCGAAACAAGCUAUCGAGAGACAGGACAACGUUCUAGGCUAUAACGUCUCCAAGACCCCAGCCGAAGACGCAGCGUGGAAGUUCAUGAAGACCAACAAACCCGCAUUCGAUCUGGCCGUGAUCAAUUCAGACAUUAUCACGGGUCCUAUGAUUCAUCCAAUUUCCGGCCCAGGGUCAAUUAACGAGAGGAAUCAUUUGGCGAUCGCGAGCUUUAUCGAUGGGACCAACCAGAAGGUCGGGGAUGUGCGAUUUUCAUUUUACCAUUUUGUCGAUGUUCGCGAUAUCGCGACAAGCCACGUUGACGCCUUGACUAACGCUGUUCCUGGGGACCGGCUCAUCUUCGGCCUAAUUACGCCGCAACUGGUCGUGAAUAUCAUUCGAAAGCAUUUUCCAGAAAACUUAAGAACUGUGGUUACGGAACUUCCAUUAUUCAUGGAAAUACGCAGUGAUUUGGAUGAGCUCGUGUCAUUUCCUUGA